CCUACACUCUUUUUUGUUCGACUUCUACUUAAACCAUCCUCCAUCCUCCACCUCCAUCCCUUCUGCUCGAUGUCUACGCCUCAUUCUUCUCAGUAGUUAUUUUUUGGGCGCCACAAAUCACGAGGCCGCAUUUGCUCAUAGUGGCUUCCCGUCGUUGCACGCUGCUCAUUGGUACCUAAGACAGCCUAGCCUCCACACCUGACCUUCGGCCGAGCAUCCUCCCCACCAGCUCUUGUUCCUCCAGAUCCGCUCAUGGGGACAAGCCAGAUCUUCGCCAUUCUUUGAACCUGGUCGCCUGUGUAUGAUUUAAUGUUUGUCUUUUGUUUCUAGGUCAUUGGCCGCUCCGAAUAGGUCACAUCUUCCUCUUCGUCCUGCACGACGUAUGCUCCGAUCAUGUCUCGACCAAACGCCGACGGAUCCUCUACGCCCGAGACCACACGACAGACUAGCUUUUCCAAUGUCUUCCGCGGGCUAACGACAACGUCAUCAUCCUCGAGACCGACCCGAUACACACCGUUGAUGACCCCAGCGACGGCAUUUGCUAGCACAGACUUUAUACACGCUCGGGCUGUUGAUAGACAUGGCUUCUCCAGCACGCACUUCAACGCUUACGACAAGCUUAAGCAUGGCUCGACCAAAGAGCGUAUAGCGGCAGCAACGACACUGCGCACUGCUGUCGCUGAUUAUCCUCUCAACCCUGUCCUUGAAAUAUGGUAUGCUGGCAAGGAUACUAUAUCGAGAUCCAACAAUAAGGAGCUGCGAACAGCUGGUUGGAAGCUGCUUACAGAAUGUGUCAAACACAAAGCGUCGUCCGACUUGGAGCGCAAGGAAUACUUCCAAACGCUGAGCGCGCCAGCCAACCCCGACGACUUUCGACUUCAGCUCGAGUCACUCAUGGAGCUGACAAAGGGCGGCCGAACCGUUUCAGGCUUCGACUACGAAUUGAUGCCGCUUCUUACCACUUUUCUCCGAACAAGCUACGAAGCGGCCAGCGGCGUUCGACAAAGCACCGAAUCUAAUAAUCAAACCGCUCCUAAGAACACGGUUCCUGAUGAGGAGCUAGAAGAGUGUAAAAAUCUGCAGCAGUUGUUUACCUUCAUCCAUGACGUUGUCAAGUUCAGCUUCAACAGCAUUGAUGGCGUAGCUCUGGAUGCCUUGAUUGACAACAUCGUCUACAUAUGCUCCAGCACACUCGACGAGAGCGACUUGCAGUCCUGCAUAACAACCUUGGACGCAAUUGUUACCUUCGGAUCGAUCCCAAACGACAAACUCAAAGACUGUGUUAUAACUUUGGCAUCCAUCUAUUGUGUUGUCACUACACUUCAAAAGCAAUCUUGGCACACGCUGUCUAACCUAUGCAAAUCUCACAACGGACAAGCCACAGUUCGCAUAUUGCUUGAUGCCCUUAGAGACCCAUCGACACACUCAUUGGAUGAAAGCACACGAAACCGAGAAAUUCGUGGAGCACUUGCCGCCUUGCAGAAGCUACUUUCAAAGACGGCCGAGAAAGGAUACCCACCAGUCCCAUUUGCUUUAUUAGUCGACGGUAUGGCUAGUACGCUGCAGAUGACAAAGUCUAUUUCAGUGUGCAGCUCAAUCUUGAAGCUUCUAAACUCCAUGUUUGAUGACGGAGACGGCAAUCUGCACCGUAUUCUGAUAGAUGAAGAUUGGUCCAUCGCUUUGGAAGUUUCAACGGAGAGCUUUAAGAGACUGAUGCAAGCCGUUGCUGCCAGAGCUGCUGAGAACAAACGAGAGGACUCAUCUUGGAGUGAAGUGCGCCAGGGACUACUAACUUUGGUUAAUCGCCUUAGCACCCUUGUGAGCACAAAAUCCAAAGACUUUGUCCCUCGUCAGAGGGUAAUGAAGUUCUUCACCGAUGUCCAUGAGCUUUUACCAGACUCUACUGUGCUCGCUGUGUUGGAUUACUUUCAAGAAUUCCACUGCUGCUCACCGUCUGAUCUGGAAUGGGAAGAAAAUAUUACGCUGGUGUUGGAUGCAUUCUUCUUGAACCGUUCCAGGCCGUCAAAUACCAGACUCCGGGCAUUGGCAACAGUUAUGGACGCUUAUCAUAUCGUUGAUCUUGUGGGAGACGGUGCUGAGCAAAACUUUAUCCCCCGAUUCACUCGCCAUGUCUUGCAGGACAUUGGCCAAGAACAUGACACUAAUAUUUUAAGUGCCAUCAUAGCCUUUACAGAAUCUGUGGUUGAAUCGUGCGAUAUGGAACUCUUUGACGACAUUGUCCAAGCACUCACCAGUGUUUUGCAUGCCGAUAGAGCGUCAGCCGCCGCUUCACCAAAGGUUGGCUCAUCAGCUAGCUCAACAUCCGACUCUACGAUUCAAGCCGACGCAAGUGCAAAGACUACUGAGUCAUCCCUGGCUAACAUUGUCACUGGUGGCUUCGUGGCAAUGUUUUUAAGGUUGAUGAGCUCUCAUUGUGGCAAGAGCACAACUCUAUUUAACGCUCUGGUUAAGGUCGCCAGAUCUACUACCUGCGAUGUUGAUGCUCGCUUAUCUGCAAUGCAGCUCCUCUUCCGUAUUCGAGCGGAUUGGGCUAAUCGAAUUUUCAUCACAAACAACCUGGAUGUUGAGUUUCUUGCCGUUGCAUUGCGUCGUACCGAAGCGUCACUCGCAAAGCGCCGUAACCAGGAAGCCGCACAGGCUUUGCGGGUGUCAAGAAAUGACCACGGAAUGCAAUCGAGGACCUCGAGAGGAAUGUCUAUUGGUCAGAGCAAUGCACCUACGCCGAUGCGAUCCAUGAGCGGAGCUAGUAACCCCAUAUCCUCCUACCAGCAACAGUGGAUGUAUUCACCUACGGGCACACUACCUGACCAUGUCCCAAACACAAUCAGCUCAGUGCUAGUUUCCUGUGACGACGACGACGAUGAAGAAAAGAGAGAACUGGACACUGCUGGUGCUCAUAACCGCGUUCUGGAUGUAGGCGGUUGGAUGGAGGCUGUUCUGAGUAUCCUCAGAGGUGCGCCAUGGGAAGUGUACAGCUUUGCUAUUGUACAUCUUCCUGCCCAGCUCAGCAACCACUCUAUAUUCCGAGGAGCAACCCGCAGCAUACAAGAGGUUCGGCGGUUAGUGUGUGAACAAAUCCGCAACAACUGCUUCCAAGAACCCCCCAACGUUUUUGGUCUCCGGAGAGCGGAUGUGGCUAUUGCCCUAUACCAAAGCUUGACAAUGCUUCUGAGCUACCACCAUCAUUUUGCGAAAUCUGAUGAAGACGAUAUUGUGACGACGUUUGUCACAGGUCUGAUUAGCUGGGAGAGAUGUGCGAGACCAUGCAUCCACGCUCUGUCAAUCUGCUGCCAUGAAUUGCCUCUUUCCACCAGCAAGUCCUUGAGCCAGAUUCUUACUGCCAUGCAGGCCAUCAUUACCCAAUCACAUGUCUCAAUCCAUAUUCUGGAGUUCCUUGCUUCAUUGAGUCGGCUGCACCAUGUCUAUGUCAACUUUAGAGAAGAUGACUACAGGACUGUUUUCGCUAUUUGCUUCCGCUAUCUUGAAUACGCUCGAGACAAGCGGCAGUCAAACAGAAGCAGCCGGGCUAGCGAACCAUCCACGCCUCUCACCAACGUGCCUGAGUCUACGGGUGCGGACGAUUUACCGCAAUACGUGCACGCCAUUGCCUACCAUGUAAUUAUCUUCUGGUUCUUGGCGUUGAAGCUCCCCGACCGCGCUGCCCACGUGUCGUGGAUUACAAAGAAGCUGUUUUCCGACGCCGAGGCAUCUGGGCAACCUCCAGACGACCAAGCUGUGACGACACUGGACUUUAUGCAAAGAGUGACUUUCGCAGACGUUGACGAAUCUACUGAGGAUCCUUACUUCACCUCGGAGCGGUUCGGUGAAGUUCGUAAGAAGAGAUGGGUAAUUGGAAAUAGCAUUGUAACUGUCCGUCAAGGUGUCUACACCGGAUGGGCACAGAUUACAAAACGUCAGCCCUCUGGAACAUCAGCCUAUGCUGUCCGAGAGACAUACCGCCCUCCUCCUCCUCACCAGGUAGAAAAUCAUGUGGAUAUUACCCGAGAAGGCCAAGAGAACACCAAUGCCAUCUUGCCGAGCCAUCUUCUUAUCCAAAUCCUUUCUCCUGUUCCACAGAGUUUUGACCCGUCAAGACCUAUUCCUCUUCCAGACGAUGACACUGUAGAUCGAGCAGUUCGCGUGUUUGAUCUCAAUUCAACCGUUGAUGGUCACAAGGUCGGUGUCAUUUACAUUGGUGAAGGACAGACCAAGGAGGCAGACAUUCUCGCCAACGUUUCCGGCUGCGCAGAUUAUACAACCUUUCUAAACGGCCUGGGUACUCUCACAAAACUCAAGGGUGCGACCUUUAACACACAGGGUUUGGACAGAGAAUACGGUUCAGAUGGCCAGUAUACCUUUUGCUGGCGUGAUAGAGUCACUGAAAUCGUUUUCCAUGUUAUUACCCAAAUGCCCACCAACCUUGAGCGCGAUCCUCAGUGCACGCUAAAGAAGCGACAUAUUGGCAACGACUUUGUCAACAUUGUCUUCAACGAUUCUGGCUUGCCGUUUAAAUUUGACACCUUUCCUAGCCAGUUCAAUCUGGUAUACAUUGUCAUCUCGCCAGCAUCAAGAGCUUCGUUCAUUGCUGCCCGAGAAGCUGAAGCUGCAUCCGAGUCAGAUGGUAAGGGUGCUGCACCUUUCUACAUGGUCCAAGUUAUUGGCAAGCCAGGAUUCCCAGCAAUCUCUCCUGCUUCAGAAACUAAGAUCAUCUCCUUGAAGGCACUGCCUGAAUUUAUCCGCCUGGUCGCUCUCAACGCAGCGCUAUUCUCAACAGUCUGGAGCGCGAGAGAAGGCGGCGAGCACGUCUCGUCUUGGAGUAACCGACUGAAAGCAAUUGUAGCCCUGCGCAACAAGUACGAUCCCAAGCUUGCCAGCAACUCGCCAUCGCCAACACCGGGAAGCAACAGCGGCAUGACAGGCCAGGCAGUGGAUUCCAGGCCGACGAGUACCGUCCGUGAGAGUCUUAGCAGCUUCAGAAGAACCAGUGUAGCCAAUUUCUUCACGGGAAGCAGCAACCACAAUGCCGAACCGGCGUCCCAUCGAUCCUCGACGGUGUCUACACCAACCACUACCCACGACACCGAGCCAUUCGCAGGCGCUACAGGCGCUGCUCUAGUCGAUUCUGUCGACUUUGCCAAGUGGGCAUGAUGCGGCAGUACUAUUUUGUUUCUGUUUUUAUACAGAGCAAAACAAAACAAAACGACUUGUAACAAAAUUUUGCUAUCGCUGACACAGCAUUCUACGUUGAUGCGGCCAAUUUGUUACCAUUGCAACUAUUUUUGGGAAAAAGUUUGGCGUUGCUCGCAUUUUUUUCAUGUCAUUUUUGUAUUCCAUUUGCUGUCAUGAUGCACUGCAUGUGUAUCACUAAACCUUUUAACAAAGACAACCUGUACAUCUUUUGUCAAGAUAUGAUAUUGGGGGAGAAUGUGAGGUAUUCUACCUACUAUUUAUAAGAAAAUAAGGAAAAAUUGGAGUGGUAUGUUUGAUACGGAAAAGACAACAGAAAGUAAAAGGGAUGACGAUUUUUUGGGAUUAAUUCAUUGGUUAGCAGUACUUUGCUAAUUGGUUGCAAUUCUUCCGGAUGAGGAGAGUGCUGGGUAGAAGAAGGUUGCUAGCAGGACAGCAUUAGCUAGCAUUACAGCCAUAGAAUAUACAAACUCCC